AUGAUAUCUGAUAUAUAUGAUGGCCGUCUUGUUGUUGAAAGUCGAAGGGAGAAUGGCUCUUGCGGGCCGGCUGUGUUCUUUUGGGUAGCCUCUCCCCGGGGGGAGGAAGUUCGACGGGUUCAGAAACCAGGGAAAGUCGUUGGAUGCGAGGGAACAGAACCAGGUGCCACUGGCAAGGAGACGGCUCAAUGCAUAUCUCCAAACCGGAAAAGAGGCCUGAAAGAAACCUGGCAAGCAAGCAGAAGACCCGGCGCCGACUUCAGCGGUGCAGCGAGCACAUCUACCGGAGAAGGACUGACAGCGUCCAACGUCAAGGGAUGGCCUUCUUUCCUCUGCGUCUUCUUCUCUCCCACGCCGUUACCGAAGCCUGGUCCUGUCGUAUGCGGUCUUGAUCAGUGUCUUCCGAGUUGGAUGCUUCGCUGCCAGAGCAAAGAAGAGAAGCAGACAAGCCAGGUGGAGCGAGGCCGGCCAGGGAUGCGAGGCAGGACGAGGGCUUGA